AUGUGGAGCUACUCGUGUGCUUUCCCAGCGGUGGCGGAAGACCAGAGGCACAGGAUGGACGGGGUGGUGAGUAUGGGAAAAAGUUGGAGGCGCCUUAGGAUGGAUGAAGAUGGUGAUAUCGCUGAUGAGUUCCUUGAUGAGGUCCCACCCUAUAUGGAAGAGCAUGAUAAACGUUUGCCACGGUUUGAAGUGAAGUACAGCACCAAGCCCGCUAAAGUGAAAAACCUCGACCUUUUACCCAACGGUAGAAUCCGACACCUCAUGGAGUACCAGGGCAAGCUGGAAUGGGUUUAA